GUUGUUAAAAAUAAGAGCUGUAUGCGUGCUUGUUCCUAUAAGGUUACGGUUGUGCCGACUAAUAUUAGUAAUCGUUCGCCGUCGAGUAAGAAUUCGAGAUAACUACAAAUUAAAUUUCGAAAUUGUAAAUUAAACAUAAAAUACGUAUCUACCGGAGUACCUACUUAAUUGUACACGUUUAAUCCAGCUGCUACGACCGAGGUCUGAUGAAGUCGACGGCACGUUGCACGAGCCCUUAGCAUGUUUAAACAUACAUACAUAAAUCGCGCAUCUUUCCCGGAGGGAUAGGCAGAGACCACAUUUAACCACUUGCCACGAUCCUUGCACACUUCUUUCGCUUAAGUCAAGAUUCUAUUGUACUAAAGCAAUUAAUUGUUAACUUAUAACUUAUGAAAUAUUAAUAUCAGUGAUCAUUUACACGUAAUAAUAUAUUUAAAAUUAACUUAAAUGUACUUCGUCACAACACAUACUAUCCUUUAUAGAAUAACUAGCUGAGCCCGCGACUUCGUCCACGUGGAAUAGAUAGUUAUUUUGGGUAUCAUUGAAGCCUUCAAAGGUGAAUAAUUUUACCCGUUCUUUUCACAUUUACCAUUAUUUUUUUGCUUCUUUAUAGUUGCAGCGUGAUGUUAUAUAGCCUAAAGCUUUCCUCGAUAAAUGGUCUAUUCAACGCAAAAUAAUUUUUCAAUUUGAACCAGUAGUUAUUGACAUUAGCGCGUACAAACAAACAAACUCUUCAGCCUUAUAAUAUUAGUAUAGAUUAAAAUUGUUUAUUUUUUUUAAAUUUAACAGCUGUCAUUGUCUCUUAUGCCAAUAACAGCUGAUUGCCGAUUUAGUGUUUUGUUUACGGCAGAUAAUUAUUUUACCUGUAUUUACCAUUUAUCAAAUUCGAUAAUAAGUUUUCUUUAUUUAAUGGAUGCAUGGAGAAAAAAACGCAAAUUUUUUUAAUGUUGUGUAACACUACCAAUACCAAGGCGUGGUAUGGUUAGCAGACAAUAUUUCAAUCAGUAUCCGUGAUGGACCGGGCUAGCGGUCAGUGUGGAUCUCUGUCCAGCACUAGGGCUCUGCCGGCCGCUGUUGAGGUCAAAACAGAGCUGGAGUCAGAUGUCUCUGAUAUCGAGGAGGAACCAAAUGGAUAUCCGCUGCCACCAGAUAUGUCAUUCAUAAACAUUUAUGAUACGAAAGUUGAAUUCGAUGAAGAUGACGUCCAUUGUCCAGUAAAGCCCGGCACUGAUGAAGAGGAAACAGAGACUACGGAAGAUGCUACUUCGGCUGACACCUCGGGAGCUGACAAACGGCUGCUGAAGCUGAUAGCUGAAGGAAGUACGACCAACAGGAAACAGCGUGAUCCUCGCCGAGACUCAACAACACAAUGUUCUCAGAGGCCACACCAAUGUGAUGUCUGUCAGAAGUGCUUUAAAAAAAGUUGUGAUUUAAUCGUGCAUUAUAGAACACACACUGAUGAGAAACCUUAUCAAUGCGAUGUGUGUCAUUGUAGAUUUAAUCAAAAGGGUACUUUAACACGACACCGUAGAACUCAUACUGGUGUGACAGCUUAUGAAUGUGACGUGUGUCAACGUCUAUUUAAUAAUAAGAGCUCUUUAAUAAAUCAUCGUAAAACUCACACUGGCGGAAAGCCGUAUGAAGAUGUCGCCUGUUUAAUAGCGUUUGUUCAAAAUGGUAAUUUAAUAAGCCACAUUAUAACCCAUGACAUAGAAAAACCUUAUAAAUGUGACGUCUGUCAACGUCAAUUUAAAUUGAAGAGUUAUUUGACGAAUCACCGUCGAACUCAUAACGGUGAUAAGCCUUAUGAAUGUGGUGUUUGUGGCCGUCGAUUUAAUUCCAAGAGCACUUUAACCGACCACCAUAGGACUCAUACUGGUGAAAAACCUUACGAAUGUGACGUGUGUCAUCGGACAUUUAUACAGAAUAGUUCUUUGACAAUACACCGUAGAACUCAUACCGGUGAAAAGCCAUAUGAAUGUGAUUUGUGUCAUCGUCGUUUUAAUGAAAAGAGUGCUUUAACAAAACACUAUAGAACUCAUAAUGCUGGGAGACUAUUCAAUCUGCCUGUGAUGGACGGUGCCGUUGGUCAGUGUGGACCUCUGGCCGGCUCUGGGGACCUCCAGGCGCCCGUUGUAAACAUUAAAAUAGAACUGAAGGCAGAAUUGAACUGUGAUAUUAAAGAGGAGGAACAAUAUGGAUCCAUCCAGCCGCCACAAGUGACAUUCGUGAAUAUUCAUGACAUGAAAAUUGAGACAGAAGAUAAUAACCUGCCGAUUCCUUCUAAGCAGAGAGUGAACCGAAAACUAAAAAUAAAAGGAGAUGCUGCAGAAGCUAAGUCAUCAGCAGUCAUCAAAAGACGACGAGCUAAAGGAAGUUCAACUAACAGGAGACGGCGCAAGUCACGACGAGAGUCAAUAACACGAAGUGGACAGAAAAUUGAUGAAAAUAAUAUUACUAAUACUGACGAGAAACCUUAUCAAUGCAAUGUUUGUUUUUGUAAAUUUCGCCGAAAUUAUAGUUUAAAAAAACACAUAAGUACUCAUACCGGUGAGAAACCUUACGAAUGUGAUGUGUGCCAAUAUCGAGCCAUCGAUAAGAGUUCAUUGAUAAGGCACAUUAGAACUCAUACUGGCGAGAAACCUUAUAAAUGCGACCUGUGUCACAGUGCGUUCGGGCAAAAGGGACAUUUAACGGUUCACUUUAGGAGUCAUACCGGCGAGAAACCAUAUGAAUGUAAUGUGUGUCAACAACGUUUCGUUGAUAAGAGUUCUUUGGUAAUGCACGGUAGUAGUCAUACUGGUGAGAAACCUUAUAAAUGCUACAUAUGUCAAUCUAUGUUUUUUCGUAAAGGUCAUUUAACGGUUCACUUUAGAACUCACACUGGUGAGAAACCGUAUAAAUGUGAGUUGUGUCACAGUAUGUUUGCACGAAAACAACAUUUAACUGUUCACAUCAGAAGUCAUACUGGCGAGAAACCUUACGAGUGUGACGUGUGUCAAAGUAAGUUUAGCCACAAGACUUCCUUAAUAGAACACAACAGAAUUCACACUGGCGAGAAACCAUAUGAAUGUGACGUGUGUGAUAAAACAUUCCGUCAAAAGAGUUCUUUAGCGAUACAUUAUAGAAUUCAUACUGGUGAGAAACCUUAUAAAUGUGAGGUGUGUCUUAGUACGUUUCGUCAAAAAAGUACUUUAACCUUACAUCUUAGAACUCAUUCUGGCGGUAACAUUAAGAAUACUAAAUAGUCAGCGUCGAUUCAUUGAAUGCCAGUGAAAUCAUUAUUUAUUAUGUAAU